CGGCGUUUGUAACCCAACACAAUUAGUAAUUCCCGUUUUUCCCUCUCAUUCGUAUCUGGAAAAUGUCCGCCGUCAUACAAGCCUCCGCCGCCGUUUCCCAGCGUCCACGCGCCUCCAAAACCAGAUUCCUAACCGGCUCAUCCAAUAAGCAGCUCAACAAGGACAUUUCCUUCCGGCCCUCAUCGACUUCUUCUCCCAGAAUUUAUUCAUUCAAGGUUCAAGCCACCAGGAAAGGUGAAUGGCUUCCUGGGUUGACUUCCCCAGCUUAUCUUGAUGGCAGUCUUCCGGGCGACAAUGGGUUCGACCCGCUCGGGCUAGCCGAGGACCCGGAGAGCUUGCGGUGGUUCGUGCAGGCUGAGCUGGUGAAUGGGCGGUGGGCGAUGUUGGGUGUGGCAGGGAUGUUGCUGCCGGAGAUGUUGACCCAAAGCGGAGUUAUAAACGUCCCGAAAUGGUACGACGCCGGGAAGUCCGAAUACUUUGCGUCGUCGUCGACUCUGUUGGUGAUCGAGUUCAUCUUGUUCCACUACGUGGAGAUCAGACGGUGGCAAGACAUCAAGAAUCCGGGAUGCGUGAACCAAGACCCGAUCUUCAAGCAAUACAGCCUUCCUCCAAAUGAAUGUGGCUACCCUGGAGGAAUCUUUAAUCCCCUCAAGUUCGCCCCCACCAUUGAAGCCAAGGAGAAGGAGCUUGCCAAUGGGAGAUUGGCAAUGUUGGCAUUUCUUGGGUUCAUAAUUCAGCACAAUGUGACUGGGAAAGGUCCAUUCGACAACUUGUUACAGCACAUCUCAGACCCUUGGCACAACACUUUUGUGCAAACGCUUGGGAGAUAAAUUAAUUUAAGUUGAUGGGGGAUGAAACCAGAGGGCUUAUUCAAGAGCUUGCUGCCUGUUUAUGUAUGUUGUAAGUCGUAAAAGUUGGUGUAUUCUGUUGCGAGAGGGACCUCGGUGAUAAUGUAUAUAGGGUGAACUUCAUAUGAAGUUUAUAUCAUCUACCCUUCAUGAAGUUUAUAUCAUAUUUUGGUGUAACUUUGUAGUGUUUUAAGAUUUUUAUAUCUUGUUGGAAAGGUAUUAUCUGAUUCUUAAACUCAUUGUUAGACUCCAUUUUCAAAAAAAAAAGGAUGACACCCAUCCAUGAGGCCUCGAGAACCGACUGGACAAUUAUUUGAGAGGGUGUAGGUUGAGCUUUGAUCACACUAUGGAAAGAAAGUGAGAUUUCAUUGUUUGGAGUUGAACCUCAAGGGUCGAGAGCCCGAGACCUCUCCCUUCAAAACAUCUUCCUACCAGGUGAGCUACGCUCCCGUUUCAGACUCCAUUUUUAAAAUAUUACGGGAUGAACAUGUACCUUAUGCAUUGAAAAUUUGAAUCCAAGACCCCAUUUAUGUCAAAAUACUCUAUUUGCUUCGAAAAUGCUAUAUUUACAUAAAACAUGUAAAAUAUUUGAUUUGAUCAUGUCGUGUUGUAUUUUUUCGUAUCAGCGUUUUAUAUCUCAUUGAAAAUAUCUUUUUAAAUUUUAAAACUUACAUGUAGACUUUAUUUACAAUGUUUUAAAGAAUAGAUACAUAUUAACUUGAAAUUCAUAAACAUUCCUGAAUUGACUAUGAAUUCGUGUAUUAUUUGAUUCGAACAUUAACUUGAAAUUCAUAAACAUUCCUGAAUUGACUAUGAAUUCGUGUAUUAUUUGAUUCGAACAUAUCUUGUCGUAAUUUGUUUCAUUUCAAGUGUUAUGAAAGGUAAUUGAGAAAGAGAAGAUAAUAAGUAGAAUAAGUAAGAGUAGUUGAGUAUUUUUAUAGGAAAAAGUGUAACGAACUUUUAAUUACAUCCCAAAAAGGAAAGUGUAACCAACUUUAAAGAGAAAUUGCGUUAAAUAAGGAUGUUUUUACUUGGAUUGAAACUUGCUGAUCUGGUCUGUUUAAGUCUGGUCUGAACUGGUUUGAUCUGGUCUGGUAAACGUUUGGUCUCUUUGUAUUUUAUAACUACGGAAGUCUGGUCUGAACUGAUCUGGUCUGUUUAAGUCUGAUUUGGUGUGGUAUAGGACUGUAAAUAGUCCUAGUAAAAAAAUCCUAAGAUUAAAAACGUUUGUGUAUACCAAAAUAGGCUCAGAGCCUAAUCAGCCCAAAGUCCCAAACCCCGAACUUGGACCCGUGGAUCCAAGUCCACAACUCGGAGCUUGCCUGCCAGCCCAGCGGGGAGCUUGCCAGUCUGGGCGACCUCCCGGUCCGGAAGAGUAACGGUUAAGCAAUUAGUGCGUUGUUAAUUAUGUAUUUAAUUCCGUAUUAAUGUUGUAAUUAAUUAGUCAUUAUUAUCGGUAACGGUUACAAUUUGUAUACGUCUAGAAAAAGGCGGGUUGUAAUUCAGAUCAGGGAGAAAACUUCUAUAUGCUAUUCUUGGCUACCAAAUUCCUUUUGCAACUUUCCAUUCUCGUAUUACUUUCCUAAUUAAUGCUUGAGUGUCGUACGUAGUUUUCCUAAAAGUCUACGAGCGCCCUAUUUUGGACCAACAUUGGUGAUUUCAUUGAGAGACCAAGAAAUUUCUAGAAAUUCAUCCCUAUUAUAGAGAAAAUCAAGCAAAACACAAUCUGCAAAAAAAGGAAAAGGGAAAAGAAGGAAUUGGAUCUGGAAAUUUGCGUUUGAAGUUCCCAGAAAGGAGCCGGAAUUGUAAUCGCCAUUCCGGCCGCCGCCGUGCGCCAGAACGAUCCGCCGCUCCAAAACGUGAGCCACUGAGCCGGAAUAUCUCUGGGGUGGAUGCUACCAGCUAGAGUCCACCGUCUCCGUCUCAGCGCCGCGCCGCUUCCUACCUCGAUCCGCCACCACGCCUGGACACAACAGCUCAAGGUCGCAACAGUCUCUCAAAGGGACCUCUGGACGAUUUUCCCGGCAAACAACGCCCCUGACCGCAACGACCGGAAUAGAGGGCCCGACAAGCGUGACGGUCGAGGUCCUUUCCUCUUCGGCCGGCAACAGCGACUCUGCCAAUCACUCCUCUUGGCGGGCGGCGGCAGCAGUAGCCAGCGCCAAGUGGUCACAAGAUAUUGCUUCGCUCCUCUCUUUGCGGGUGAUAGCAGAUGGUGACUCGAUGAGGUUCCCCAUUUGUCACUUGGGACGGACAGCAUUUAUGGGCCAAGCCCAAAUGGAGUGGUUUUCUUUUGGAAGGCUUCCAAAUAAAGAUAAGUUUACUCUUCAAUGAAUCAAUUUUAUACAGAGCAUCAUUAAAAAAUUGAUCAAGUUCAACAAAAAAAAUAUAAACUGAAACACUUGAAAAAUAUUUUUUAAGUGGUUUAAUUGCUUUUACUCUUGUUAAGCGUGUGUAAUUUUAACAUUGAAAAACGGACUUAUGAAAUCUGAUCACUCACGUACACCGGAUGAGCACACACACUCGUACACUGGUCGAGCACACACACUCGUGCCACCGGGUCAGGUCAUAUGGGUGUGGCGAUUAAUAAGCUUCAAUAUAAAUGUUAAUACCACACACUCUUGACUUCAUACGAGUUCUUGCGUGCUCUUACCCUUUCCUAGUGCAUCACACUCCGAUCUCGGGGGACGAGUCACCCGUUCAAACGUUUUUACUUGCGGGUUCGAACUACUGACCUCGGUCGACGAGUUAAACUCUUGUUAGGGGCCUAGAGCCACGGUCUUCCGAGCAAUUUUGUCACUUAAUUGGCAUUCACAUUUCUCGAAAAGGUUAAUAUACUUUAAUUCUUUGGGGUUGGAUUAUCCGUUCGAGUGAGGAGUCCGACUCACUUACUCGCAGAUUCAAUCUUUCUUUCGGAGACUCGGUUGAGGCAUAACUUGGGAACUCGAUGUCACUCUUUUCAAGUAGUGAGUCCGACUCACUUACACACUGAGCCGUGGUUCGACACCAGACCAGAUGCUUUAUUCUACACUAGUUUCUUUUAUGUGUAGGUACAACUGAAUGAAGUGGAGAACUGAGGGUCUUACUGUCUUCAACGAAGCAAAUGACGAACCUGACAAGUCUGAGCCCGACGAGAAGAACAGUUCUAGCAGAUGGCGACCAUUGCAAUAAAGUCUGAGGAUCUCACCUCUUGCUUCAUCUUGGGGGCGUCAGAUGUACUCUUUUUCCCUUCAUUAGGAUUUUUUCCAUUGAGUUUUUUCCUAAUGAAGAUUUUUAAUGAGGCAUCUCCCCAACAUGGACAAGGGCGGGGAUCUUCUAGUCUCGGAGAAGAGCAACUAACUUGGACUUCUCCCUCUUAGCCGAGUCUACUACUCGACUAAGGGAGUGGGGGACUCGUGAUGGAGUAAUGAGACUAGGCGCAGAGCCUAAUCAGCCCAAGCCCCGAACUUGGACCCGUGGAUCCAAGUCCACAACUUGGAGCUUGCCUGCCAGCCCAGCGGGGAGCCUGCCAGUCCGGGCGACCUCCCGGUACGGAAGAGUAACAGUCAAGCAAUUAAUGUGUUGUUAAUUAUGUAUUUAAUCCGUAUUAAUGUUGUAAUUAAUUAGUCAUUAUUAUCGGUAGCGGUUACAAUCAUAGUUAUUACGGCGUCGCCAUGGCUCGAGACGCCAUAAACCAUUUGGCGUCGACGCAGCGUCAUUUGGGCAUCGGAAACACGCCAUAGACGCUUAAGCGACGACCCAACCGUAAGUUAAUCAAUUUUGAACAGGCCCAAACCCAAACCCAAACCCAAUUGUUUGAAACCCAUCAAAAUCAUAAUAUAAUAAAAAACAGACCUAUCUACAAUUCGACGACAUCUCAAACGCACAGCUUCCAUCCGUCUUCAUCGUUCAUCGUCCGCACGCUCAAGCUUUAGCUUGUAUUUCCGUCGCCCAGGCUGUAGCCGCUUGUGUCCCAUAGCUACUAUUGUCCGCUGUUUUUUGUCCAAUAUUUGUGUAGAGACUAGAGUUUGACUUGAGUCGGUUUAGUGUGUAGGUAUUUUUAUUGUAUUUUCUGAGUUACUCCAAUACUAUUUAAUUUGUGUUGUUACUAUUUUAAGAAAAGUUUCCAUUGUUUCAACUUUAUGAAAACAAUUUUUAUUUUAUUUUUAUUUAAUGGAUAUGGAUAAUGUUGGAUUAUGGAUAAUGUAUGUGAUUGUUUUGAUGACUAUAGGCUUAUGAUCUUAUGGAUUAUGUUGUUUCUGUGAUUACAUGUUUUACCAUUUCAUUUUUAGUGUUGGCUACAAAUGUUACAUGUAGGCAUUUUAGUAUGUAAAACAUGUUAUGAACUUAUUACUUUAUAUGUCGACUUAUCGCCACGAUGCGGCCGCGACGGGCGCCAUAUCACCAUGGCGGUAUGGCAGUCCGGAGGUUCCGCGCCGCAAAACCACGCCAUAACAACUAUGGUCACAAUUUGUAUACGCCUAUAAAAAGGCGGUUUGUAAUUCAUAUUAGGGAGACAACUUCUAUAUGCUAUUCUUGGCUACAAAAUUCCCUUUGCAACUCUCUAUUCUCGUAUUACUUUCCUGAUUCCUGCUUGAGUGUUGUACGUAGCUUUUCUAAAAGUCUACGAGCUUCCUAUUUUGGACCAACAUUGAUAGUGUUUGAGAAAAAAGUAAUUUUGAAAAAAUAAAAGUUUGUAGUGUUUGGUAAAAUAAGUGUUUUUUGUGUAAUAGAAAAAGAGAAAAACAGUUUGAAGCACCCUUCCAUUUGUUUUCAAUUUUUAAUUUUUAAGUGAUUAAUUAAUUUAAAUAGAAGCUGUCAUUUGAAAACACUCUUUUCAUCUUUUUGUUUAAGUUAAAAGCUGAAAAACAUUUUAUUAAACCCAUGACUAACCCUCCUUAAAUUAUACGGAGUAUUAGUCUAAAAACACCCGGAAGAAAAACGAGAAGAAUAUGUUUUCAGUAGCUAAAGGAUAAUCGACAUGAAGAUGAGACGACAAAGCGAAGAAGCAAAGAAAAGGAACAGAUACGCUUCUCCGCCAACGAAAACCCGACCGGAGAGCCCAUCUGGCUCAAUCCGUCCCCGCCGGCUUUUUCCUCCGCCGGCGACGGGAUCUCUUGUCGACCGCGACGCCGGAACCUCGGAACUGUCUUUGUUCGACAGCCUCCAAAUUUCUUCCGAAUUCGAAUCUCCUAACCCGAGAAGCUUCCCGUACAGCGUGAAGCAGCAGUGCUGGGAAAAAGCCGAGAAGAUCAAGGGCCGUGAUCCGGACCGUUGGCGUCGAGACGCUUUAGGUAACGUUGUCUUCCGGAAGCUGGUGGGCUGCCCCGGUUGUCUCUGCCAUGACUAUGACCAUAUAAUUCCUUACUCUAAGGGAGGAAAGAGCACAUUGGAAAAUUGUCAGGUUUUGCAGGCCAGGGUGAAUAGAUCAAAGGGAAACCGAACAGAACUAUCUAAAGCCGAACUAAUUCAGAAAAGUUCUUACUGCAGGGUUUCUGGUCGAGACAUGGACCUUCUCGAACUGACAUCAUUUGGCAAUGUCCAUCAUGGGCAAGGUUCUGACGGUGGAUGCAGCCUUCAAUAAUCCACUCUUUACCAGGAUUGUAUUGGAGCAAUUGAUGGUACAAUGGUUGGGAAGGUUCAGCUCAUGAUUCAAAAUUAUUAAAUGAUGCAGUAAAAAGAAGAAAUGAGUUAAAAGUUCCAUGAGGAAAGAGUUUUUUAGUUGAUUGCGGGUUUGCAAGUCGUCGUCAAUUUUUGGCUCCAUUUCGAGGUGUUCGAUAUCAUCUUCAAGAUUUUGGUGGGCAAGGUCGUCAUCCUGAAAAUGAAAGAGAGUUAUUCAAUUCACGUCAUGCUUCCUUAAGGAAUGUUGUUGAGAGAAUAUUUGGCAUUUUUAAAUCAUUGUUUGUGAUUUUUAAGUCAGCUCCUCCGUUCCCAUUCAAAACGCAAGCAGAGUUAGUAUUGGUUUGUGCAGGAGUGCAUAACUGUCUGCGCAAAGAGUGUCACUAAGAUGAAUUUCCUGUUGAUUCAGACGAUGAAGACUCUUCAGACAAAUCUUUAUUAGAAGACGACGAAGAUGAAAUUGACACUCUCCAAACGCAGGAUGAACAAAGGCAAUAUGUGGAUGAAUGUUAUCAAUGAAGAUUACAUAGAUGAAUCUAUUCCUUUUGUUACUUUAGUACGAUUCCUAAUUGUUUAAGGUUGUGCCUGGAUUAUGGAUUAAAUAUCAAUUACAUAGUUUGUUAUAUUUUAAUUUAAGGUUUUUUCUUAAACAUGACUAGAUUGAAGCGGAAAAAAUGAAAUAAUGAAAAAAAAAGAACGAAUACAAUAUUUUGUCAAAAUAUUUUCCAAUGAAUUUUUUGACUUUUUCCAAUGAAUUUUUAAAAAAUGAAAAAAAAAAGAACGAAUACAAUAUUUUGUCAAAAUAUUCUGACUUUUCCAACGCCGGUUUGCAGUGGCUGAACAGGUGUGGGGGCUGGGAACUAGGAUACAUGAAAUAGAAUUCCAUAUGAAUUUCAUGUAAUCUGUAGAAUUCUUUAAAAUCCAUAGAAUCUAGAAUCCUUUAAAAUCAUUUAAAAUCAAUGUUAAGGACACCUAAAAUAAUCAAUAAGUAAAAUCUAAUGAAUGUUUGAGUAUACCCAAAUUUUAAAUUUUUAAUAGAUUCUAUAAAAAUCUAAAUUGG